CAUCGAGCAGUGCAAGUCGCGUGGUCGCGCUUUUCCGAUAACUCGCCUGUGGUUGUUGCUCGUGUGACUCUGAUUCUGACUGCUGCUGCUGCUGCUGCAGUGGCACGUGAAGUUCUGUGUGGACUGCCUAAAGUUUCGAUUCGUUGUCGUCGUCGCCUGCGUGUCCUUGCCGCAUCCUUAGCCUUGCUCACGGUCGCCCGCCCGAGAGCCAAUUGAAUGCACUAGCCGUGGUGUGCGGGGUUAGGUAGGGGGAAUUGAAGCCAGCAUAACCCCGAGACAUUUGCAAUCCGUGCAUUAGCAUUAGCAUAAAGUGCCUGCCUGGAUAUUGACGCACAAUCGCCGGAUAACGAGAGAUGCCCUAAGCCCCGGAAAAGCAGCAAGCCAACAAACCAGCAACCAAGGCUGCAGGUGCAUCAGCGCCAGCAGCAGCGGAAGUGCCUGCCAGACGACAAAAAAAGAAAAUGCAUUUAGUUUUCCAGUAGAGUGAAACGCAGCAGAGAUGAGCGAACGGGGCAGCGGGGGAGCGGUGACGGGCGGUCGGCAUGCUCGCGUUAGUCCAACGCCAGGACGUGGCAGCAAGAUUGCGUAUACGCCGUGUCCGCGCUCCGAACCGCCGCAGGAUCUGGCGCUCGCCGUUCCGCCGCCGCCGCGCAACUGCCUGGCCAUCCCGAUGUCCUCACUGCAAACGGCCAAUGGACCCGGCACAAAAGAACGAUGUAGCGCCCUGUCAGGCAUCCCGAGCACCCCGCUCUCGAGCACCGCCCCCUCGCUGGCCCUGCCCGGCAACCUGCCCUACGAGCUGGACAUGCCGCAGCCGCUGGUCGACCGCCGGCCGUCCGUCUCCCUGAUGCGCUGGAGCAGCAGCGGACCGGGUACGGAGUGCAACAGCAACAGCAACGGCAACAGCGCCAGUAACAGUUUGAUCCGCCUGCAGCAGCAGACGCAGCAGCAAAUGCAGCAGCAACUACAGCAGCAACUGCAGCAGCAGCUGCAGCAGCAACAUCUAUUGGCAACAGCAACAGCAACAACACUGGGGUACGCUGAUGCAACGGUGGCCACGGCAACAACAACAUUGCUAGCGGCCGCAGCUGCAGCCACGCGGCAAGUGAACUUUGGUGGCGGCGCCAACUCGGGAGUCACACGAGCGGAACCAAUCUCAUUGGCCACCCUGGAUCGCGACUGCUUCAUCAUUCCCGUGCACAGUGUGGACCGAUUCCUGCCAGCUGGCAUUCCUCUGCCCGCCUUAAGUGCCGAUGGUAAGGCCACAAGCCCUCUAAGUGUCCUGGAAGUCUCCGAUCCGAAGCUGUGCAUUCUGGUGCACUUGAUGAGUCCCCUGGAGGCCAUCGAUCCGGUGAUGGAGUCGCCACUAGCGCAUCCGCUGCUCAAACAGCGCUCCAUUGCCGCCGAAUUGGUGACCGAAGUGCAGCAGGCCAACACGGCAGUGGGCGGAAUGCUGCUGGCCAACAUGGAGAAGAGCUCUGAGUUCCCCUUCAUCUCGUACUACCUGAUCAAUACGGUGCAAACGGAUCCUUCCAGCUUCUAUGCUGGCCUGCGCGUCUCCUCGCUGUCCAAGUUUGAGCCAAAGGCCCUCAAAUACACUGCCGCCCACACACUGGAUCUGUACAGCGAGGUGGCUGCCAUUUGCCGGCCGCCGUUGGUUUUGCCCUCAAACGAGGUGGGCAGCUUCAAGAAGUCGCAGACCGCGGCCACCGGCUACAUUAUUAGCGUGUUCAAGGUUUUCGAGGGCGACGAUGGCGAACGAUUCGAAAAGAACUGGCUCUACUGGACUGGAGCACGGAUGUUGUACAGGUACCUGCCACGUGCCGCGGGCUUGAGGCGCAUCGCCCUGCACAAGAGCACCUCGCAGAAGGGCGACAAGAUGUAUCUGCUGGUUUGCGAGUGCGCCGAGCUGCUGAAGGACAUCUCGCUGGCCGCCUUCCUGAUUCCGGCGCUGCGGGCGCGGCUGUGCGGAUACACCGGACUCUAUCGACCAAUACAGGCCUUCUAGUCCAGAGCGCUGGAGUCGCGUAUUUUUCUAUCUGUAUCUGUAUAUAGUGGAUCUGGAGUAUGGAGUAGUAGGCUAUGGCUAAACCAAUGCGAAACAAACACUGCAAUGUGAAGGAAACUGCACCUGUUACGUGAUUCUAAUUCGAUAUUAACUAGGCCUAUACAAAUUUUUCAACUCUCUCUAGAAAAAGUCAGCGAAAUCAGCGCUGCGAAAUGGCAGGGGGUCGAUGUGCUGGUGAACCCUCGAUUAGGCAUCUAACUUAAGUAGUAGACAAUAUACUCAAGGUAACUUCAUAUCGUGUGCUAGAUUUUUCUAUAAAUCAUAUAGAGGCCAGCCCAAUAAAUAGGACCAUAUCUAGUGUGAGUUGGUAGCGAAGAACUUCCAUUUUAGCCACAACAAAUAGAGAUUCAGUGGGAACUAUAUAUGUAUACCGAUAUAUCAAUAUAUCAUAGUAGUAAAUCACAUAUUUGAACGCUGAAUUUUGCGCUGAAAUGUAGGCUAUGAAAUCUGCAAACCAAAAGUCAAUUCUUAGCAUUAAAAACCUAAAAGAUUGUCAAGCUGGGGAAUGAAUUUAAUUGAAAGGGUUUCAUCAGAGGGAUGGGGGAUUUAGCUAACUUUGCCCAAAUCUAACAGAAAUCUGCCAAAGAUAUAAGCAAAUCUAAACUCAAUUUGAAUCAAACAAUUGUUUAAAAUUGCAUAUUUUAUAUAUCUAAGCAAAUGAUUAAGCCAAAUACGAUUUUCAAUCAAAACAUUGACUAAUUAUUGCUUGGCUACAGCUUGCCACUUACACCUUAGGACUUAUACCGUACAUAAUGCCAUACAUUUAUAACAAUUGUAAAUAGUUUGAUGAACUUUUAAGGCACUUGCUCCGAAUACACAAAAACGCCAGAUUCCUGGCCUAUACAUAUUUGAGAACUAUAUAAUUUUGCACAAUAACAACAGAAUCAAAAAGUGCUGUGAUAAUUAAACUAAAGCAGAGCAGAGCCGCCAAUGCAAAGAAAAUAAAAUGAAAAACCAAUGAAUAGGCAUAAUCCCAGCCAUAGAACAUACCAUAAUUUCACCCAGUCAAAGACAAUAUCAUUUAGCUACCAUUGAAUAUUCACUGGGGUGUGGCUUUUCUUUUUCGAAAACAAAUCCAAUUAUUUAGAUAACCUAAAAACAGAUAACUCUCAAUGCUUAUGCUAAGC